UUUUUUGCAGAUGGUCCUUUCUUUGUGUACACUAGACAUGAGCCUGUGGGUGUUGUUGGAGCCAUUACCCCAUGGAACUUUCCUCUCCUCUUGAGCAGCUUGAAGCUUGCUCCAUCCCUGGCUUGUGGCAAUGUUGCCAUACUUAAACCAGCUGAGCAAACUCCAUUAACAGCUCUGUAUCUGGGAUCUCUCUUUCAAGAGGCUGGCUUUCCUCCUGGUGUACUAAACAUCAUCGCUGGUUACGGCCCUACAGCAGGGGCCGCCAUAUCUGAACACAUGGAAAUCAAUAAAGUAUCAUUCACUGGAUCAACUGAGGUUGGGAAGAUAAUCCAGGAAGCAGCAGCAAAGUCUAACUUGAAGCGUGUGACAUUGGAACUUGGAGGAAAGAGCCCUCUCAUAGUUUUUGCUGACACUGAUAUGGACCUUGCAGUAGAAUUUGCCCACCGUGCCUUGUUCUUUAACCAAGGACAGUGCUGCUGUGCUGGCAGUCGCACUUUUGUACAAGAUACUAUUUAUGACGAGUUUGUAAAAAAGAGUGCAGAAAGAGCUCAAAAGUGUACAGUUGGGGACCCUUUUGGCGAAGCCACUGAACAAGGACCACAGAUUGACGAAGAACAGUUUAAUAAAAUCCUUGAUCUGAUUGAGAGUGGGAAGAAGGAAGGAGCAAAACUGCAGUGUGGAGGUGAACGGCAUGGAGACAAGGGAUAUUUUAUCCAACCUACUGUUUUCUCAGAUGUUAAGGAUGACAUGAGGAUUGCCAAAGAAGAGAUAUUUGGUCCNCCAUCAGCCCCCACUCUAGGCCCCCUGCCACACCGAUAG